AUGUCCAUUGCUACCGUAUCAACCAAUAAAUUACCGUUCGCUAUCCAGACAAUUCUGGGCAAUGAUGAUAAACAAUGCAAAAUUUCCGAAUGGGAACGACCAAUUUGCGAAAGUAAUCUUCCUAGAACAAGUUGCGAUAAAGGCUGUUUGCCUCAAUAUUCUAUCACUGAUUCCACAGUUCCAUAUCACUUUCCUUAUCAAAGUAUAAAGGCUGCACUCGAAGUUACAUCUUUGCUUCCUUCUCUUAAUCUCUCUAAAUUCAUCCAUUAUCCACUAUUAGCUUCUGGCAUAGAAGUUCAGAAUUAUCGUCACUACAAUCAUAUUCCUUUUUCUGCACAAUAUUCACCGAUACGAUACGGAUUUGCUUCUACUUCGGUAACUGUGUCGAAUAGACUUGCUCAGUCUAGCAAAUUUAGUAACUCGACCAGUUUAUCCGACAUAAAAUUUGGAAAGUUGCCUGCUAAUUCUUCAAAUCCACUGUGUUUUCCUUUCAAUUCUGACUUAUUUGAUCCAAAAAUUAUAAAAGCUGACAACAAGCAAACUGUAUCACACAUUAAUUUAAAUUACGAACAUAAUGGAUUCUGUUCUGAUAAAAAUCCUUCAUCUUUUCCAAUAGUUAUUGCAUCUCUCGGAUGCACAACCAUAGGUAGUACAGGAAGUGAUUCUGCAAAGCCACAAAAAACGAUACCACGACCUACCGGGCAUUCCUACCAGAGUCGAAUUCUAGCAGGACAUAAGAAACCGCGUACGUCCUUUACUAAAAAACAGGUAGCAUCACUGGAAUCCAGAUUUCUCGCGCAGAAAUAUUUGGCAAGUACCGAACGAGUGAACUUAGCCAAUCAGCUAGAAAUGAGCGAUAUGCAAGUUAAAACAUGGUUUCAAAAUAGACGAACAAAAUGGAGAAGACAAGAAGCAGAAGAAAAAGAAUACGAAGACAAAGCGAAAGUGAAAAUGAUGGCCUGUUAUUCCAAGUGCUUUUUUGCCAGACCUGAUGUUGUGCUUUGA